AUGCAACAACUCCGCGGGGAGCGAAUCGUUACAACAGCCGGACCCGCCACGCCGGACAGUCCCCGGCCGCGGCCGGACAAGGUCUCACUGUCCUCGUCCCGGCCGUGGAGUCGGUACCCACCCCGUACCGCCGAGACUCGUCACGCUCGUCACGGAUACCGAACCCCCUUGCAUCGUCGCCCGCGCAAGCCGGCGCUCGUCCGCAAGCAGGUGUCCUUCCACGGCGUGCCCAGUACUAGCAGCGUGAGUGGCGGCCUGCACGUCACGGGGCCGGCGCGCGAGCGCCGCCGGCAGCAGCGUCUGCGUGCCGCGCACUUCAAGGGCUGGGCAGGUGCGUUGCGAGCGCGCGUGAGUGCAGCGUGGGGCGGCUCAAAGUCUCCCUUGCCGGUCAUGGUUGACGCCGGUGGUGGUGGUUGUGGUGGCGCGUCAAGCCGCAUCGCACCGCGGGGCUCGAUACACAUGCAUGUGCAGGGUGCGGAGGGUGCGGUCAGCGCGGUGCACCUCGGCGUUGAGAGGUCGCCGGCGGCGGAUUCGAGUCCUAGAAGAAAGGAGGCAGCAGCUACUUUGGGGCCCGACGCGGAUACCGGCACCGACAUCCCCGACCGCGCGCACGCACACCGACGCUCGGCACAGCCACGCGUACCGGGAUCGAGACCAGAAGAGCUCCCCCCCCCCCGCCGGUGCCUCGCCCACUGCGCGGCGGCGGCUGAAACGACCCGCCAUGCCCUCCCCCGCGGCGCAAGUACACGCCGCGGUGGCAGCCGCGCGCUUGGACGCUGGCAGCAGCAGCAGCAGCAGCAGCAGCAGCAGCAGCAGCAGCAGCAGCAGCAGCAGCCGCUGCCGUCCAGACCAAGCGACGGCCCUCGGCGGCGUUCGGAGCGUCCGGCAGCCUCGUGCGAGAUGGAGCCGCUGAUUGACCACGUGGGCGAGGAGACUGAGGGGCGGGGGGCGAAGCGCCGGUACUGGGUUUGA